AGGUAGUCCGCGUCGAGCUAGCAGCUAUAUAGGGCUCCAUAGCCUGAAAGAAACGAAUGAAAGAUGGCAGCAGCACACGGAAGCAGGCAUUGUUGUGUAGCGCCGUGCCGUCUACUCCUCGUGGUUGUACUACUAGUGGUGACGACUGGUGAUGGUGCCGUAGUAGCUGAUGCUCCAACAGCAGGCUCGCCGCGAACCGACGAAGUAGUAGCAGCCCUUCAGGCAGAGCAGCUGCUGGAAUUUAGAAGCAGAUCCGGCAGCGAAGAAGAAGCGCCGAUGACGACGACUGCUGCAGCUGCUGGUUGGCCGGUGUUGAACACGGAGCAGCAGCAGGCUAUUAUUACCGGCGUCGGCGGCGGGAGGAGGAAGCUGGUCGGGUCCAGGGCUCCGACGACGUGCACCUACAACGAGUGCCGAGGCUGCCGGCACAGGUGCAGCGUCCAGGAGGUGCCCAUCGACGCCAGCGACCCCAUCAACAGCGCCUACCACUACAGAUGCGUCUGCCAUCUAUAGGCCGGCCGGCCGGCCGGCCGACGUACGGCAUGCAUUUCCAUAUCGCUUGAUUUUGUAUUUUUGGUUUUUGGAGAUGCCAUCGAAAGCGUUGCUGUGCAUGCAUGGGCAACGUAACCGCUCGUCCUGAAUGAAUAAGCUAAGCGCGGCAGAGAAGAGAACACCCACUACUACUUCUGGUUGUAACGCUAGCUGUUCUAUUUAUCUCUACCUACAAGUGUGUGCUUGUUGUUUAGUUAUACUAAAAAAAAUUC